AUUAUAUUACUUAAAAACUUAUUAAAGUUUAUAUUAAAUAUAAGUAUAUAGAUUUUUUUGCAAACAGAACUUUAAAUAAGUGAAUCGAGUGAAAAAUGACUUUAUCGGAAUAUUCCCAUCUCAGAGAACAGGUUAUUAAAAGCUUUAGUGAAAAUGAACGACACGGUCAGCUAUUAAGCUCUCUAAAAGAAUUAUUCAGAGAGAAGAUCAAUUCUCCUAGAAGAUUUGAAGAGAUAACAACAAUCGGUCAGUUAUUAAGAAUACUAGAAAUAAGAGAUGCAUUAUCUGAAAAUAAUAUCCAGCCAUUGAAGGAUAUUGUGCACAGAUUACCGAGUAAUAGCAGACUGUUACAAAGAAUUAUAGAAUACGAGCAGUCUCAUGUUCCAGUAGAACCUAUAAACUAUUAUGCUUCCGAACACUUACCACAACAGUCACAUCGAGCACCAGUUGAAAGCUUUGUUACUAAUAAUUUAAACACAACAAUGAGUGAAAAAAAGGUACAAAGAAUUAAACAAACAAUUAUAGAAGAUAUUGGUGUAUUUUGGAAAGACUUUGGACGAAGCUUAGGCAUCAAAGAAAAUACAAUUGAUGAAAUUAAUGAAGAUUAUAGAAAGGUACCCAUGAAAGCAAAACAAGUAUUGGAAAUAUAUUUGGAAACAAAAGCAGAUUCUAAAACUUGGUUUUACGACAUAUGUGAAGCUUUAGAAUCUAGCAGGCGAAAGGAUUUGUGUAAGAAAAUUAAAAAAAUAUCUGUUAUGAAUAUAUGAUUUCUUUUUUACAUUAUACAAAGUAAAAUUUAGUCUAGAUCAGGGAUCAGCAACCUUGUAAAGAAGAGCCAAAAAAAAAUUUUUAAAGACCCCAUUGAUAGAUAUAGUUUUAAUAUUUAUAUUAUAUUUGAGAUUUGAUUUAAAAUAAACA